UGGAGAACGUCCACUGCUCUUACUGCCCCUUCCCUCUUUCUGCCGUGGGGUGCCUGGGGUCUGUUUCUUCCGACUCAGAGGACGGCCUCGUCAUGCGCACCCCAAGUACCCCAUAAAGAUUGCCUUCCAGGUGAAGCUGCUCUUGCCACGCUCGCAGAAGCAAGUAACCGGCAGAAGUUUUGGUGACAAAGAUUUUCGGACAGGGUUAGAAAAUGGAAUCCUCCUCUGCGAGUUGCUGAAUGCUAUAAAGCCAGGACUUGUUAAAAAGAUCAAUAGAUUGCCUACCCCCAUUGCGGGAUUGGACAAUAUCAUCUUAUUCUUGAGAGGUUGUAAAGAGCUUGGCCUGAGGGAAUCUCAACUUUUUGACCCUAGUGACCUACAGGAUACAUCCAACAGAGUGACCGUCAAGAGCCUCGAUUACAGUAGGAAACUGAAAAAUGUAUUAGUUACCAUUUACUGGCUGGGAAAAGCAGCAAAUAGCUCCGCGUCCUACAGCGGAACGACGCUGAACCUGAAGGAGUUCGAAGGCUUGCUGGCUCAGAUGAGAAAGGAGACCGAUGACAUCGAGAGCCCUAAGCGCAGUAUCCGGGACAGCGGCUACAUAGACUGCUGGGACUCCGAGCGCAGCGACUCACUGUCCCCGCCUCGCCACGGCCGAGAUGAUUCCUUCGACAGCCUGGACUCCUUCGGGUCCCGAUCGCGGCAGACGCCCUCGCCGGAUGUCGUCCUCCGGGGAAGCAGCGACGGGAGGGGAAGCGACUCUGAGUCCGACCUGCCGCACCGCAAGCUGCCGGACGUGAAGAAGGAUGACAUGUCUGCGAGGCGGACGUCCCACGGCGAGCCCAAGUCGGCGGUGCCGUUCAACCAGUACCUCCCCAACAAAAGCAACCAGACGGCCUACGUGCCGGCGCCUCUGAGGAGGAGGAAGGCUGAGCGGGAGGAGUACCGGAAGAGCUGGAGCACCGCCACCUCGCCCCUGGGCGGGGACCGGCCCUGCAGCUAUCCUGAAACGAUAGAGGAAGAGGGAAGUGAAGUGGGGUCUCCUUGUGACGAGGACCCCGCUGGCCAAGCGCAGCCCGGUGGGAAGCCUUGUGGCGGGGGCUCAGGACAGCCUGCCGGCCGUGGGAUGGAGCAGCCUCCUCCAGGGGGGCCCACGGCGGCACCAGCUCCCCGGUCCGAAGACAGAGAUGCCGUCGAAGUCCAGAAGCGCCGACGGCUGGAGCAAGCUGGGAUCAGAGUGAGGCCGGCGGCGCGGCGCUUUGCCAGUCACAAGCUGUCCAGUAGCGGGGAGGAAGCCGUUCAGGACACCGUCCUUCGCAAAGAUAACCCUUCCCCGACCCACCCGCGAGGCAAAGAUUCAGAGUCAGGAGACGACGUUGCGCGUCGACGGCCCGACCCCGAGAAAGAUGACUUUGCUGUGAGGAGAGCGAGGAUGAACCAGACCAAGCCAAGGGUGCCGUUGAAUCAGCUCCUCUACGGGCCAUACCGGAAGAGAGAGGCGGAAAAAUCAGACGGCAGAGAAGAGCGCUCGAAGGGAAUUUCAGAAAAGAACAGGCUAGAAGAUAAAAGAUACGGGCCGAGGACUCCUGUGUCUGAUGACGCAGAGAGCUCCAGCCUGCUGGACAUGCGGUGUGAGGAGGAGACGGCGGUGCAGCCGCACAGCAGGGCCCGCCAGGAGCAGCUGCAGCUCAUAAACAGCCAGCUGCGCGAGGAGGACGACAAGUGGCAGGACGACCUGGCUCGUUGGAAGAGCCGUAGAAGAAGUGCUUCCCAGGACUUAAUCAAGAAAGAGGAAGAGAGGAAGAAAAUGGAGAAGUUACUGGCUGGAGAGGAUGGGACGAGUGAACGAAGGAAAAGCAUCAAAACCUACAGAGAAAUCGUUCAAGAAAAGGAGCGGAGAGAGAGGGAGCUGCACGAGGCCUAUAAGAACGCGCGGUCCCAGGAGGAGGCAGAGGGGAUCCUUCAGCAGUACAUCGAGAGGUUCACCAUCAGCGAGGCUGUCCUUGAACGCUUGGAGAUGCCAAAAAUUCUGGAAAGAAGCCAUUCAACGGAGCCAAACUUAACCCCCUUCCUGAACGACCCUAACCCCAUGAAGUACCUGCGGCGACAGUCACUGCCUCCACCCAAAUUCACUGCCACCGUGGAGACCACCAUCGCCCGGGCCAGUGUUCUGGAUACUGGCGUGUCAGCAGGUGGCGGGUCUCCAAGCAAGACUGUCCCUUCCAAAGCAGUGCCUAUGCUGACACCCAAGCCUUACUCCCAGCCCAAAAACUCUCAAGACGUUCUGAAGACCUUUAAGGUAGAUGGGAAAGUCAGCAUGAAUGGAGAAGCAGUUCAUGGUGACAAGGAGAAGGAGAGAGAAUGUCCCACGGUGGCACCUGCCCCCUCAUUAACCAAACCCCAGAUGUUUGAAGGUGUGGCCAGAGUGCACGGGUCCCCAGCGGAGCUCAAACAGGACAACAAUAGCAUUGAGAUCAACAUAAAGAAGCCCAGUUCCGUUCCCCAAGAACUGAGAGCAACCACUGAGGAAACUGAACCCAACAGUCAAGAGGAUGAGAAUGAUGGCGGAAAAACACAGAAAGGAAAUACAGAACUCGCCCCAUCAGAGCCACAGCAUUUCACGACAACUGUGACUCGGUCCAGCCCGACUGUUCCCUUUGUAGAGUUUCCCUCCAGCCCCCAGCGGAGGAACGAUGUGCUGCCAGAAGAAGACCAGAAGAAACUGGGAAAUGAAAUGAGUGGGAAGGUGGAGUUGGUGCUGUCCCAAAAGGUGGUAAAGCCAAAAUCACCAGAACCUGAAGCAACCCUGACGUAUCCAUUUCUGGAAAAAAUGUCUGAAACCAACCAAUUACAUUUGCCAAAUCUCAAUUCUCAAGUGGAUUCUCCAGGCAGUGAAAAGUCGCCUGUAACUACUCCUUUCAAGUUCUGGGCGUGGGACCCAGAAGAGGAGCGCCGGCGACAGGAAAAGUGGCAACAGGAGCAGGAACGUUUGCUCCAGGAGAGAUACCAGAAGGAACAGAACAAGCUGAAGGAAGAGUGGGAAAAGGCCCAGAAGGAGGUAGAGGAAGAGGAACGCAGAUACUACGAGGAGGAGCGCAAAAUAAUUGAAGACACUGUGGUUCCAUUUACUCUUUCUUCAAGUUCUGCAGACCAGCUGUCAACAUCCUCCUCUGUGACCGAGGGCACUGGGACAGUGAGUAAGAUGGACUUGGAAAAUCGUCGGGAGGAAGAACAGGAGACAAAACAGAAGAAGCCACUCCGGGGGGACGACAGUGAUUUAAUGCCUAAGACUAGGGAAGAUCACCCCCUGGAGGGAAAGGGCAGCCUAACUCAAGGGGCCUUGGCUCCUUCUAAGAAUCCUGGAUCAAAAGGAGUCCAUCAGGACCAUCAACUGGAUGCAGAAACGGGGGCCCUCCACUGUGGGAUGAAUUCCCAGCUAGCUCAGGAUCCACCCCAGAAUCCGCAGGUAUCAAACCCACCAAUGCACGUUUUAGAAGAUGUGAAGCCAAAAACGCUCCCUUUGGAUAAAAGCAUUAACCAUCAGAUCGAGUCGCCGAGUGAGAGACGGAAGAAAAGCCCUCGAGAGAAUUUCCAGGCCGGACACUUGUCCCCCUGCUCUCCCACCCCUCCUGGCCAAUCACCAAACAGGUCGAUCAGCGGGAAGAAGCUGUGCUCGUCCUGUGGGCUCCCCCUGGGGAAGGGAGCGGCCAUGAUCAUCGAGACGCUGCAGCUCUACUUCCACAUCCAGUGCUUUCGGUGUGGACUCUGCAAAGGACAGCUUGGGGACGCGGUGAGCGGGACAGACGUCAGGAUCCGCAGCGGCCUGCUCAACUGUAACGACUGCUACCUGCGAUCCAGAAGUGCCGGCCAGCCCACCACCCUGUGACGUGGCUUCAGGCUUCCCGCUCACCCGUCGCUCUGUUGAGGGGGCGUCCCCUGCGACCGUUUAACACCACCCCACGUGCAGGGCCUUCUGGGCGGCGAUCUCAUUUCUGAAAAGAUGGUCUCUGUUCUUCUGUAGCACAGCGUUUGUGUUCUUCCCCGGUUUUGUUUCGGGUUUGACUUUUGUUUUGUUUUGGGUUUGCAUUCGCAAAGUACAUCUGAAAGAGUCCUGAGCUGCAGGGGGCCCGUGGGUCCCCAGGAUGGCUUGGGGUCCCUGGGCGGCCUCCCCUGAGAACCAGCCAGAUGCGGGAUGCAAGGCCGCUGGGUGUGGGCAGGGGUCCCACGUGUCGGUUUGCGGAGGGCGGCUGCGGGGCUGCAGCUCGGGCCGUGUGAGCGUGGCCUCCUCGGGCCGAAGCUGCGGUUCAGCGGGGCAGGACUGGGGUGGGGGUCCCCCGCUGGCCCUGAGCCGCACCUGGGCCGCAGGGCCACGCCCGCAGCACCUGUCACCCCCGGGACGCAGAGGUCAUGCCAGUGGCGGCUGUGCCUCGGGGGUUGUGGCAUGCUGGCGGCCGGCCCGUCGGAGCCCGCACCUGGUGAGCCCCCCGAUACCCCCACCCUGGGCCCUGCCGGGGGGUGGACACCACAGGGAGAGGUUUGGGGCAUCGUUUCCAAAGCUGUGACCGAACCCCGCGAGGAGGCUGCCUGUUGGAAGGGCGCUGGGCAAGACCCCGGCCUGGCGACAGGUGCACACGGGGGCCCCAGGACCUGCCGCCCUGAGUGACCACGGUGCCAUCGCGGAGACCAGAGCCUACGUUGUGCCCUGCCCGCUGCAGCAGGUGCGCCCUGUCCAUCCUCCCACGUCCCGCGUCCCCCACUGCUCGGGGGAGGCCACCAGGGGAUGGCGGGGCUGGCCGUGCCAGGAGCUGGCUGCCAACGGAGGCUCCGGGUCCCCGGCGCGACCACCUCCGUGUCCAUGCUGUUUUCUUCAAGACCGGGCCACGGGGCUUAUUUAUCCUGCCUUAAAAAGACGGCAAAUAAGUGAAGAUGACAUUUUGUGAAUGUAGACUCUGGGUAGACUCCUAAUAGGUUAGCAUAGUCAUGAGGAGGACCUCGAGUAGAUGUCCGUCCCGUUUAUGUAAGCAAUAAUUCUUUUCUGUGUCUUAUUGAGUAUGGCUAGCAAUUAUUUAUUUACAGGCUAGACAGUCCUCUGCAUGCGGGUUCCAUGUAAGUGCAGAAAUUUCCUCAGCCACCGGAGGUAUUUUGACCAUUUUGCCAUUUGGAUGAGCUGUCGUUAGGUUGAAAUUUACACAUCAUUUCAUUUAAAAAAAAAAUCGUGCCUUAGAAAAUGCGAAGCUGUUGCACAUAGUCCGUGAUGAAUUAUGGAUGCAGUACCUUGGAGAGAGAGGAAGUCACUUCCAAGUCACCAAGACUUCGGAAGUGUUUGCUGUUUUACGGGGAGAAAAAAAAAAUUCAAAAAAAAAGAAAAAUAGAAAAAAAAAUCAAAAAGUUUUGAAAAUGUACAGAUUAAGUUCAAUAUUUUGAUUAACCACCUGCAUGUUUUAUUAAAUAUUUUGAUAAUGUGGAUGUUUACACUUUGCAUGAUAUUAGCGGAGUACCUUACCACAAAUAAUGCACAGAACAUGUACAAUAUGAUCAUUCAUAACCGAUUUUUAUAGGAUACUUUUUACAUGUGGAACUCCAUCUGUUAUGUAAGGAUUAUAUGAAUAUUGCACAUUCUCCUCUGGUUUCACAAACCCAUUUAUACAUAUUUCUUAGACUCAUUGUACAUGUAUUGAAGCCUGAAUCGAGUCAAGAAAAAUAAAGCGCCAUUCUCCGCCUGCGAAAUGUGCUUUCCCAUAAUGAACAAUAGUCACCAGCACAGAAUAAUCUCCAACAUUUUCUAAAUUCUAAUUGCCAACUGUUUCUAUUUAUAUUUGAUUUAUAUUUCAUUUGGAGUCUGUUACAUGGCAGCUCGGACGGACUAGAUCUUGUUUUUUCCAAUGCAGCAUAAGGAGUAUGAUCUAUUUCUUUUCAAAUAAUCUUUGAAAUCCCAGGAAAAAAAAAAAAGAUGCUCUGCUCUGUGGAGCUACGAGGUAAAUGCGUUUGUUUAAAAAACAGAUGAGGCAUGUGAGUGAUUUAUCGUUCCUGAGGAAAUAUAUCUGAUUUUUCUCCCCCUCAUACUGCAGAAGCUAGUCCUUUCUUAAGAAAAAAAAAAAAAAGAAAAGAAAUGGGUAACUGUUUUCUCACUAGCACACUUUCAUGGCAUUUCCUCAUCCUUUCCGUGUAGUGUUACUAAUGCGGCGCCUAUUGUAGUUCUCUGUACGCCGUGUAGGAUUAACAGACUGAGACGAUCCACCUCCUGCGUGGGUCCAUCCAAGAGAUGUUACUGUUCUGGGUGGGUGGGCCAGUGUUCCGUAUCAGUUAUACUAACCUUCAUUUAAGAUAUUUAUUCUAAAAUGCCUCUGACAAAUAGUAAAAAAAAAAAAAAAAUUAAAAAGUUGUCUAAAAUGCAACAGCUUUUAUAGUAAAUGUACAUUUAUAAAUAAAAUACUCGAAUCAA